AUGACCAACAGAGGCAAGCCCCGCGGUCUCAACGCCGCCCGCAAGCUCGUACAAGCCCGCAAGGACGGUCGUUGGGCCGACCUGCACUACAAGAAGCGCCUGCUCGGCACCGCCUACAAGUCCUCGCCCUUCGGAGGUUCCUCUCACGCCAAGGGCAUCGUGCUCGAGAAGGUCGGCGUCGAGGCCAAGCAGCCCAACUCUGCCAUCCGCAAGUGUGUGCGUGUCCAGUUGAUCAAGAACGGCAAGAAGGUCACCGCUUUCGUGCCCAAUGACGGUUGCCUCAACUUCGUUGACGAGAACGACGAGGUCCUGCUCGCCGGUUUCGGUCGUAAGGGCAAGGCCAAGGGUGAUAUUCCCGGUGUGCGAUUCAAGGUCGUCAAGGUGUCUGGUGUCGGUCUGAGCGCUCUAUGGAAGGAGAAGAAGGAGAAGCCCAGAUCGUAA